AUGGCUUUGAGGUGGCAGGCGAGGCUGUCCAUUGCUGCCAUACUCUUCAUGUGCACCGAAGAUACGCUGAGCUUAGGGGAUCGAACGAUGGAUAACAUGGAUCGGCACCAGAGCCAAAGCCGGCCACGGAAUCAGUUGCUGGUGGACACAUCUGGGCAGAAGUCGCUCGAGCCUACGUUCGACCACACGCAAAACACGAACGUGACGGCGCUGAUCGGGGAGAGGGCUUAUCUCACGUGUAGAGUUCGGAACCUGGGCGACAAGACCGUAUCCUGGGUCAGGGCGAGGGACAUUCACAUUUUAACGGCGGGGGCGUAUAUAUACACGAGCGAUCAGCGAUUCGAAGCGAUCCGCGGGAAGAGCAAGGGCCAGAACAGCGAGUGGUCUGAAUGGACUCUUUGCAUAAAAUGGGCACAGGAGAGAGACCAGGGACUCUACGAAUGCCAGAUCUCGACCAUUCCCGUCAAGACGUAUCAGUUCCGCUUGAACGUCGUCGUGCCGACAGCGACGAUAUUGGGCGGUCCGGAUUUGUACGUGGGCGCCGGUAGCACGAUAAACUUGACGUGCGCUAUACACUUCAGCGCGGAGCCACCAGCCUUCAUCUUUUGGUACUACAACGGGAAGGCGCUGAGCUACGACAGUCCCAGGGGCGGCGUCUCGGUGAUAACCGAAAAGGGUGGCGACAUCACCACCUCCUGGCUCCUUAUACAGACGGCGCAACCCUCGGACUCUGGGGAGUACAGCUGCAAGCCCAGCAACGCCAAUACGGCGUCCAUCAAAGUUCACGUAUUGAAUGGCGAACGACCGGAGGCGAUGCAGACUGGAACGGCGGGACCGAUUUUAUCCUCGAGCUGUCUUUUGGUGUCUCUGAUCAUUUUGUACAUAUCGUCGGUGUAA